AACAGAUCAAAUUCGGCGCUGGUGGCUUACGGUGGCGUGUGGCUCGACUUGCGGUGUGAUUGACGAGUAUAUAUUUUGUUUGCCAGCAAAGUAUUUAAUUUGGCAAGUGAACAAUUUUAAUAGCGCGCAGUGGCAGGCAAACAUCGUUAAAGAUCAUAAGACCAACGGGGACUGUGUUGGAUAAAACAUCAGUUUUCGAUUUCAGCUACCUGUGCGCAUUCACUUCAUUCUUUGCCUCAUACAAAGUUUAUGAACUAAGCGGCUGUCAGCUUUCAGUGUAUUUGUUGUGUAGUGAACGAGUUGAAUAACCGUCUGUUAAAUGUAGUGAGUGUUGUGCGAUGUGCUGUGACUGUAUAGGCAAUACCUUGUAGACAUUCAAUAUCAUGUUCCAUAAAAGAAUAAACUAAAUAGUGACAUUGUGAAUAAAGAACUUCAAGAAUGUGCGCUCACAGGUGUGUGUAGUGUCGUGAAAGUGCUAAGCGAGUUAUUGUUCAAGUCGUCGAAAGCAAAAGAAAUGCCAACAUUUUGUUCUAAAAAGUGAAAUUUCAACGGAAACGAGCUAAACACUAAACUUUGCGGAGAAUAAAUAUAAUUUGCAGAACUAAAGACACGCAAUAUUCGUUGGUGUUGGAAGACUAAAAAGUCCAUUAUUAUUUAAUUAAGAAAACACAUCAUCCCACAAUGAAACGCCGAAAGCUGCUACUCUGUUGGACCGUUCUACACUCUGGUCUCAGCCUAAUUGCUUUUCUCACAUUACUACUGAGUAAAACAACACAAGCGGCGAUUGUACCGCCGCCUUGGAGUGAUCCAGAGAAGAAUCCCUGCGCUAGCAUGCCCGGUGGUUGGCAAUUGCUCUAUUGGCCGCCACUUAAGCAGUGUUUCAAAAUCUUCACAAUCGGCUAUCCGUGUCCGGAGACGAUGGAACUGAGCCCCGCCCCGAAUGUGGGUAAAACGAAAUCGGCGCGCCUCAAUGCACCAGCAGCUGAAUGUCGCUGUCCGCCGGGCACCGCGCUAAGUGCGGAGACAAAUAAAUGUCAUGAGAUUUUCAAGCGUAGUCCAUGCGAACAUAGUGCAUACUUUGCGCCAUUACCGGAGGAACGUGCGGCCAUCAGUAGUGGUCGAAGAUCCAACAAUCGUUGGGGCACUUGCAAACCGGCCAAACAAUGUCCCUUGGGCAUGAUUUUUUGGGCGAAAGAUGGCAGAUGCUAUGCGCAGUACACGAAAGGACCGUGUGUGAAAGGCAAACUACUGAUAUUGAAUGAAGAUGGACUGGGCGAGUGUAAGUGUGAACCCGAAGGUGAACUGCUUGAUUAUUUUUACGAUCCAGAAGAGACCUGUCACGAGCAUUACACCAAAGGUCCUUGCUCAACACCCGGUGAGCUCUUUCUACCUGGUGGACGUUGCGAUUGUCAUCGGCAUUUGCCGCACUACAAUGAGGAUCAUCAAAUGUGCUACGAAUUGAACACACCAGGACCCUGUCCGCCGGGUCACAUUUUCAAUCUACCGGACAAUUUUACGGCCGCCAACACUGCGACAGAUAUACCGCGUGCACAAUGUCAAUGCAAAGACGGCUAUGUGCCGUGGAAUGAUGGGCUAUGCUAUCGGCUGUAUACAAGGGGCCCAUGUGGACCCAACGAGUUUCUGAUUAAUGCCACCAAUUGUGUGCGCAACUUUUGCGGCAAAAGUCGGCUGUAUUUCCCCGAUCAGAAUACAUGCUAUCGCAUUGGCUCACAAGGGCCAUGCUCACUGCAUCAGGUGGUCGUGUUCGACUUCACCGCACGACCUUCGGUUGAUGGCAUUUCUUAUAACGGCAUAUGCGGUUGUUCUGGCGUCAUUUGGAAUCUCGAUCAACAAUGUUCGAAUAUCGAUAAUGGCGGCACCGAAGAUGAGAAUACAUGCGAAUCAACGCCGGGUAUGGUCGAAUUAAAUGGUAAUUGUUAUAAGUUAUAUACGAGAGGACCAUGUGGACCGGGUCAAUGGUUGGAACCGCUCAAAACACAUACUCAGGGUCCACAAACACAACGAUUCUUGGAUACUAAAGCGAAAUGUGUCUGUCGGCCGGGCUAUACGCUGGCUGAAGGUGAUGACGAAGAGGAUCAAAAUGUAGGACGUGCGCGCAUAACACGCUGCAAUGCGCCCACAGUGGGAUUAGCGAGAUGGUUUUUAGACAUUUUCGGUUAGCACGGAUAAAUCAAACAUAAUGAAAGACAUAAAAUAUUGUAUUAAAUUAAUUUAUAAAUUUAAAAUAAAAAUUUAUGUAAACAACUAAACAUUUAAGUUCGUCAAGAAAUCAUAUUUUAAUGCGAAGUAAUAACUAGUAGUUUAAGUAAAGAAGCAUUGUUAUUGUGUGUUUGAGAUUUCUGUGUGCCAUUUGA